CGGUUCGUUUAGUACAAGAAUUGUGGCAAGCAAAGUGACAAGCGCGCGGCCUCUACCGGUAAACAUAACAAGUAGUUAAAGCUCUGAGUUUCAGUUUGGAUGUUGGAAUAUAGGCAACCUAUGCCACGCAAAUUUUUACAGUUUGUAACAAUCAUGAAAAGCAAUAUUUAAAAUAACACUUUUCACUUCUACCGCGUGUGAACUGCACACAUUUUGUGCAUAAUAUUAAGUAAUAUAUGAAAUUGUAAAUUAAUUUGAUUUGGAGUUAAACUUAUUCGUUAUUAAACGCGGUGACUCAUCAAAUUUAUUGGUAAAAAUUAACGACCUAUAAUUUCAUGGACAUACCCUCCACAUUCCCAAAUUUAAUAUGUUCAUGUAAGUACAUAGGUCGGUAGUCAGACAGAAGCCAUAAUUAUUUUAUUUGUUAAGCAAGGAAUUUACAUGUUCUGAUUCAUUGCAAAAUGUUGACAAGUGACGCAGUUUGUCGUAAUCAAGAGCCUCAAAAAGGAAAUCGAAAGUGGAAUAAAUUUAAUUCCGCAAGAGUCUUGAACAGACGCGUAUCAGCAUGAUGAUAACAGCGUAUUUUUGGUUAUUCACACUGAGUUUUUAUUGUCAUCUAUUUGUGACAUCUUCAAGACAUAAACCGAUUUCAACACACAAUUAUUCCGCAUUUCCUGAUGAAUUUAAAUUUGGCGUUGGGACUUCAGCAUAUCAGAAUGAAGGAGCAUGGAAUACAAGUGGAAAAAGUCCAAACAUUUGGGAUUUUUCAACUCAUAAUCAACCAGAGAAGAUUUUGGAUAGGUCUAAUGCGGAUAUAACUUGCGAUGGUUACAAUAAACUCGAAGAAGACAUUGAACUAAUCGCACAACUAAAAGUACACUGUUACCGUUUCUCCGUGUCCUGGACACGAUUAUUUCCAAUGGGCUAUGUAACAACAGUAAAUCCUGAUGGUGUACGUUAUUAUAACAAGGUGAUUGAUCUUGUGCUUGCAAAGAAUAUCACACCGAUGAUUACAAUGUACCAUUGGGACCUGCCACAAUCUUUGCAAAACCUCGGCGGCUGGGCUAACCCUAAAUUAGCGAAUAUCUUUGUAGAAUAUGCUGAUCGACUUUUCGCGUUGUUUGGCGACCGUGUAAAGGUGUGGACGACAUUCAAUGAGCCUUCUCAUAUUUGCAAAAACGCAUACAAUGGUUUUUCAGCCCCGUAUCUCUCUGAAGAUGGUAUUGGAACUUAUUUAUGUGGUCAUACUCUUCUACGAGCUCAUGGUAAAACAUACAGAUUAUAUCAACGUAAAUAUAAAAAAACCCAGGGUGGUAGUAUAGGAAUUGCAGCUGAAACAGAUUGGUAUGAGCCUCUGAAUGCUUCUAGUGUGGCUGAUCGACGAUCUGUUCGUGAUUAUAUGGAGAUGAACUUUGGUUGGUUUGUCCAUCCGAUAUAUUCAAAGACAGGUGAUUAUUCACCUGUUAUGCGUAAAAGGAUUGACUUUGUCAGUCGUGCUCAAAAUUUCACGCACUCGCGUCUGCCAAGAUUUACCAAGCAAGAAAUUAAGGAGAUUCGUGGUUCAUAUGAUUACUUGGGGCUUAACCAUUACACCACGUUUCUUUUGACUGCUGCUGGGCAAAAUGUGCCGGCUACACCUAGUUAUGCCAGCGAUGCAAACGUCCUGUUGUCGCAGGAUAGGUUAUGGGAACUCACUGGAUGGGAGAAUUUUGUUGUAGUGCCGGAAGGCAUUCGUUAUUUGUUACAUUAUAUUGGUCAACGAUACGGGUAUGAUAUUCCUAUUUCCAUUACGGAAAAUGGUUAUGCCGGAGCUGCUUCUGAGGAUAUAAAUGAUGACAAUAGAAUUAAAUAUAUGAACGGAUAUAUUCAGCAGGUGCUACAAGCAAUAAAUGAAGGAAGUAAUGUAGUUUCUUACAUAUAUUGGACUUUGAUGGAUAACUUUGAGUGGUCAAGAGGUUACACCUUAAAAUUUGGUCUAUACCAUGUAGAUUUUCUUAGUGCCAACAGGACUAGAACACCCAAAAAGUCCGCAAAGGUAUUUCAGAAUAUUGUCGUUACAAAACAGGUUGAUAAUACUUUUGAUCCUGUCGAAUUUGUACACUAAGCAAAUAAAGAAGAAUAUUGCUUCAUAAUGAAUGAUAAAA